CGACUUGGCCAAUUAGGAAACGGCUAGCCGUGCCUCGCCCCGCUGGAAGCCGAGCUUGAGCUCCCUUUCCCGCGGCUUGGUACGUCAGUCUCCUCAGGAGUCUUGCCCGGGCAACAUGGUGCGUAGUCGUGCGGCUGCGAGGAAGCAGCAGAGACGUGAACCGUGCGGGCGGAAGGCCAAGGGCAAGAGCACGGCCCGGCGUGAGGAGAAGGAAGCGGAUGUCUCGGAAGAUGAGAAACCUCUAAAGAGGAGCCUUCUCUCAAAAGUUUCACGAGAAACGAGGAAGAGAGGCUGCGGUGAUCCCGGGAGCCCCACACACAGUCCAGCCAGAAAGAAAGCGGCCAAGGUGACUGUUAAAUCAGAAACUGCCGAGGUGAAGGAUGAAGCCCUCAGUGAUGGGGAGGAUCUCAGGGACUUUGCAAGCGCCCCCAAGAAGGCACCCCAUCCAAGGAGAGAGGCUGCUGUGGACAAAGGUGGCUGUGAAGGAAGCGAUGAAGAAGAAAGUGAAGAUGAUUGGGAAGAGGUAGAAGAACUUAGUGAGCCUGUGCCGGGUGAUGCAGGAGAAAACACAGCCUUCUCUAAAUCUGUCCUGCCUGUGAAGCCAGUGGAGAUAGAGAUUGAAACACCCCAGCAGGCAAAAGCAAGAGAAAGAAGUGAAAGGAUAAAAAUGGAGUUUGAGACGUAUCUUCGGAGGAUGAUGAACCGUUUCAGUAAAGAAGUCCACGAGGACACACACAAGGUUCACCUGCUGUGCCUGCUGGCAAACGGUUUGUAUCGUAGUAACGUCUGCAGCCAGCCAGAUCUGCUUGCUAUCGGCCUGUCCAUCGUCCCAGCUCGCUUUACUAAAGUGCCACCUCAGGACGUGGACAUCUGCUACCUGUCAAACCUGGUGAAAUGGUUCAUUGGAACAUUUACAGUUAAUGCAGACCUUUCAACCAACGAGCAAGAUUGCCUACAGACCAUGCUGGAAAGGAGAUUUGCUAUUUACUCUGCACGCGAUGAUGAAGAGUUGGUCCAUAUAUUUUUACUGAUUCUCCGGGCCCUGCAUCUCUCCACCAGACUGGUAUUGUCUCUGCAGCCGAUUCCCCUUAAGUUACCUGCAGCAAAGGGAAAGAAAGCUGCCAAGGAGAGGUCUACAGAGGGUCCUGGAGGCUCCUUGGAAACUUCAAGCCCAGUUCUAGAAAACCAAGCCAAACCUGAGAGCAGCAAGGGGACCAGACAAGAGAGUACGUCUUCUGCGGGCACUGGCGCCAGAGGGAAGGGGAGGAAGGCGGCUGCGGCUGGGAAGAAACGGAGCGGGCCCUCUUCUGGGGAGGAAGAAGAGCACAAGGCAAGGGGGCAGGAGGGAGGCCCCCGGGCACGUCGGCAGGGCCCGGAGCGGCAGGCGGCCUCCAGGGUGUCCUAUAAAGAGGAGAGUGGGAGUGAGAAGGAUGGCAGUGGCUCUGACUUCGAGCUCUCCAGUGGGGAAGCCUGUCAUUCAUCCGAUGAGGAUUCUGAGCCUGGCCGUCCCAAGCACCGGAGGGCCCCGGGCCCCCAGAGGACAAAGGCAGGGUCCAAGAGUGACUCCAGGCCCCAACGUGGAAGGCACCCUAAGUGCUCUGGCCUUCCGGCAGCGUCCACGAGCUCUUCGAGCAGGAAGAUCAACCGAGGCAAGGAACUCUCCAGUGAUGGUGAAGGGGCACAAAGAGGGAAAGCAGCUGGAAUCGACCAGUGGCUGGAAGUGUUCUGCGAGCAGGAGGAGAAGUGGGUGUGUGUGGACUGUGUGCACGGUGUGGUGGGCCAGGCUGUGGCCUGUUACAAGUACGCCAGCAAGCCUGUGACCUACGUGGUUGGCAUUGACGGUGACGGCUGGAUCCGGGAUGUCACCCAGAGGUACGACCCAGCCUGGAUGACCACAACCCGCAAGUGCCGAAUCGACGCCAAGUGGUGGGCUGAAACCUUGAGACCCUACCGGAGCCCGCUGGUGGAGAGGGAGAAGAAGGAGGACUCCGAGUUUCAGGCAAAGCACCUGGGCCAGCCUUUGCCAACUGUCAUUGGCACAUACAAGAACCACCCUCUGUACGCCCUGAAGAGGCAUCUCCUGAAAUACGAGGCCAUCUACCCCGAGACAGCCGCCAUUCUUGGGUAUUGUCGUGGAGAGGCUGUCUACUCCAGGGAUUGCGUGCAUACCCUGCAUUCCCGGGACACGUGGCUGAAACAGGCGAGAGUGGUGCGGCUGGGAGAAGUGCCCUACAAGAUGGUGAAGGGCUAUUCCAACCGGGCCCGGAAAGCCCGCCUCGCCGAGCCCCAGCUGCAGGACCAAAAUGACCUGGGCCUGUUUGGCAGGUGGCAGACGGAGGAGUACCAGCCGCCCGUGGCCGUGGACGGCAAGGUCCCCCGGAAUGAAUUUGGGAACGUGUACCUCUUCCUGCCCAGCAUGAUGCCGGUCGGCUGUGUCCAGCUGAACCUGCCCAACCUGCACCGCAUAGCCCGCAAGCUGGACAUCGACUGUGCGCAGGCCAUUACUGGCUUCGACUUCCAUAAGGGCUACUCCCAUCCCAUAACUGAUGGGUACAUUGUCUGUGAGGAAUACAAAGACGUGCUCCUGGCUGCCUGGGAAAAUGAGCAGGCGCUCAUCGAAAAGAAGGAGAAGGAGAAAAGGGAGAAGCGGGCCCUGGGGAACUGGAAGCUCCUGGCCAGAGGACUGCUCAUCAGGGAGAGGCUGAAGCUUCGCUACGGGGACAAGAGCGAGGCUGUAGCUGCCCAAGUAGAUGCGGGAGGCGGACUCUCUUCUGACGAGGAGGAGGGGACCAGCUCUCAGGCACAGGUGUCCAGGAUCCUGGCUGCCUCCUGGCCCCAAAACCGAGAGGCCGAGGAGGAACAGAAGCUGCAGAGCCCCAAGAAGACCAAGAGGGAGCGGAGGGCGGCAGCCUCCCACCUGUUCCCAUUUGAGAGGCUGUGACGCAUCCUGGGCCACCCGCCUGCCCCGGGGGCGUCUCCUGUGAAGGCACAGAAGCAGCGCUGCAGCUGAGGGCCAGGGACAGACGGUCAAGUUCAGGUGUCUGGUCUGGCCCCGGUCCUGGUCAGAGUCCCCAGGGGCACGCCUCCCACGCUUUCUGUGCCCCGGCCCUGCGCUUGGAGCUCCGGAGCACCUCCCGGGAGACUCCGCCACACAGACGUCGCUUCACGCAUCUCUGGAAAUGUGAGUCACUCUUGUACAGCCACCUCUGGGCAGUUGAGGAACGUACCGGUCCUUCCAGGUGGAUUUCUGUCAGACCCCCGUGCUGCGCUUUUGCGUCUCUUGCAGACCUGGGACCCCUUCUCUGCAGGCCACUCACCUUCCCUCCGUCAGGUUUACUACCACUGCCUACAGCCACCCUCUGUGACAUGGGAGAGAGCAGGGGGAGGUGUGCUCAGCUCAGAUGGUGGGUUGUCGGAUCUCCUUUGCAAAGUGACAUUUCAGGGUGGCAGUUGUCUGGAACACAGAGCUGAAAUCAGGAAAGAAAAGGAAAAACACUGAGAGUUAAAUGUUAGUAUGAUGUGGAUCGGUGUUAAACUGCGUUUUAUUCAUUCUGGGGUAAAUUUAUAAAAGCUCUAUGCGUUGUAGAUACUCAGGAGAAACACCUUUUGUAUCAUGUUGAGGAAGAAAAUAAAGCAUUUAUGUAAAA